UAUAUAGGAGCAAGAAAUAACGUCUUAUUCUUACCACUCUUCAGCUCCUUACAGAUUAGAACAAGAUUUAUAACUUGUUGUAUGAAGUGAAAAAAAGCUGAAAGGAAGAAGAAAUGGAGGAGCAGAUGAUUGGCUUUGAGGAGAGAAGCAACAAGAUCAGCAGGAAGGAAGUGGUUGAAGUUGUUGAAGAAGAAGAGGUGGUUCUUCCUGGAUUCCGGUUUCAUCCGACCGACGAGGAGCUCGUCGGAUUCUAUCUCCGGCGAAAGGUGGACAAGAAGAAGCCUCUCUCCAUUGAUAUCAUCAAGCAGAUUGAUAUAUACAAGUAUGAUCCAUGGGACCUUCCAAAAUUGAGCAAUAUUGGUGAGAAGGAAUGGUACUUCUUCUGCAUGAGGGGAAGGAAAUACAGAAACAGCAUAAGGCCUAACAGAGUAACAGGAUCUGGUUUCUGGAAGGCGACCGGCAUCGAUCGACCGAUAUACUCUUGCAGUAACCCCGACGAAUGCAUCGGCCUCAAGAAAUCUCUGGUUUAUUACAGAGGAAGUGCAGGAAAAGGAUCCAAAACUGAUUGGAUGAUGCAUGAAUUCAGACUUCCUUCCUCCAACAAAACCAGCAAUAAGAGCCCUCCCAGCAUCAAUGAAGCAGAAUCAUGGACGAUAUGCAGAAUAUUCAAGAGAAAUAUAUCAUUCAAGAAGUACACACAGCAGAUGAAAUGGAAGGAAGCUGGGGGAAUCGGAAUGCAGAACUCUGCGGAUUCGAGCUCGAAGACGAGCAGUUUAGAUUCAGAAACUGGAGAAGAACAUACAUACUUGCAUGGAGGAUGCAAUCAGAGCUAUGUGAACAGAUAUAUGGAGGAGAAUUGGCAGUUAUGUGCAGCUGGACAGUGGAACUCUGAAGUUCAGACAAAUAGUAUCAGUUUACAGUCAAACUUGGUGAAUUUGAAUCAGAAUGAGAUUUUCAGAGAGGGAAACUGGGAUGAAAUUGGAAGAAUGGUGGAUUAUAUGACGGAACCAGUCAUCACAUAUGACUCUAUAUAUUUUUGAAGCAGCUAUGAUAGUUAAGAUUUUGCUUUGGUGUGCCUCUUUUUUGGUUUUUUUUUUUUUUUUCUUCAUAAUUAAGGAAUUAACAGUGGAGGCUGUAUAAUGGAGCUAAUUUUGUGAAAAAUAUAUGGAUUAUAUGUUAUGAAUCAGUGAAAUCAUCCCUUUUUUAGUGUGA